GCGAGUCCCUUUCUUACCAGGCCCAGGUUGGGCUCCGGAGGACGUGCGGAUCAUGGAAGGGCUCCGGGCUAGUGCGGGGCUGCUGAGGCGAGGGAGGUUGCGGCGCCGGCGCCAACCCCAGCCCCACGGCGGGUCUGUCCUGAGCCUGCCCUUGAGGCCCAGGAAGAUCCGGAGGCAGCUGAGGAGAAGUGUGGCGUCUCGCAUGGCCGCUCUGAGGGCCCAGACGCUGCCGAGCGAGGACUCGGAGGACCCCAGCCGCCGGCGGGCUGCGCGCCUCUUCGAGUGGCUCGUCGCGCCGCUGCCGCCCGAACACUUCUACCGGCGCCUCUGGGAGCGGGAGGCGGUGCUGGUGCGGCGGCAGGACCACACCUACUUCCAGGGUCUUUUCUCCACCGCGGACCUGGACGCCAUGCUGCGCCACGAGGACGUGCAGUUCGGCCAGCACCUGGACGCCGCGCGCUACGUCAACGGGCGGCGGGAGACCCUGAACCCGCCGGGCCGCGCCCUGCCGGCCGCCGCGUGGUCCCUGUACCAGGCGGGCUGCUCGCUGCGCCUGCUCUGCCCGCAGGCGUUCUCGCCCACUGUGUGGCACUUCCUGGCCGUGCUCCAGGAGCAGUUUGGAAACAUGGCUGGCUCCAACAUUUACCUCACGCCCCCCAACUCCCAGGGCUUCGCCCCCCACUACGACGACAUCGAGGCGUUCGUGCUGCAGCUGGAAGGUAGGAAACUCUGGCGGGUCUACCGACCCCGAGACCCCACCGAGGAGCUGGCCUUGACCUCCAGCCCCAACUUCAGCCAGGAGGACCUGGGGGAGCCGGUGCUGCAGACGGUGCUGGAGCCCGGCGAUUUGCUCUAUUUUCCUCGGGGCUUCAUCCACCAAGCCGAAUGCCAGGACGGGGUGCACUCUCUGCACCUCACCGUGUCCACGUUCCAGCGCAAUACCUGGGGCGACUUCCUGGAAGCCGUGCUGCCCCUGGCCAUGCAGGCAGCGAUGGAGGAAAACGUGGAGUUUCGGAGGGGUCUGCCCCGUGACUUCAUGGAUUACAUGGGGGCCCAGCAUUCCGACUCCAAGGAUCCACGGAGGACCGCUUUCAUGGAGAAGGUGCGGGUUUUGGUAGCCCGCCUGGGACACUUCGCCCCUGUCGAUGCUGUGGCUGACCAGCGGGCCAAAGACUUCAUCCACGAUUCUCUGCCCCCUGUGCUGACUGAGAGGGAGAGGGCACUGAGUGUGCACGGACUCCCGAUUCGCUGGGAGGCCGGAGCGCCUGUCAAUGUGGGGGCCCAGUUGACUACAGACACAGAAGUCCACAUGCUUCAGGAUGGGAUAGCUCGCCUCGUGGGUGAAGGAGGCCGUCUGUUUCUGUAUCACACAGUGGAAAACUCUCGUGUGUAUCAUCUAGAGGAGCCCAAGUACGUGGAGAUCGACCCCCAGCAAGCUGAUGCCCUGGAGCUCUUGCUGCGCUCCUACCCAGAGUUUGUGAGAGUAGGGGAUCUGCCCUGCGACAGUGUGGAGGACCAGCUCUCCUUGGCAACCAUGUUAUAUGACAAAGGGCUGCUGAUCACCAAGAUGCCUCUAACCUUGAACUAGUUCCUUGUGGAUUGCUGGAUGCCAGACAGGAGAGGUUUUCCCUUUCCACCAGCACCUUUCGUGUAAAAAUUCAUACUCUUACCUGGCUGACCUUCAUUGGACCGUGUGUUCACAUUUACCUUUAUAGCUGCUUCUACGUCGCACACUUUCGAUGGUCUUCUGGGAAUCAUCACCGCAUCUAGGUACAAAAUAAGAACAAGGUGGAACAAAAGAAGCUGCUUAUUUGCAGCAGUAACUUGUGUGUGUAGUCAUUUCAGAGGACCAGCUUCAUCGUUGUCCUGAGGAAUCGCCACCCAAUGUGUAGCCCCUGCUCUAGUUGGAAGACACUUUCCCAAAUCUGGCAAGUGAAUAUUCUCAUGGUUGGUGGAAAAGAGCCUGUGUACCUGAGAGAGCCCUGGACUUGGAACCGGAAGACCUGGGUUUUGGGUGGUGACUGGUAGACAGACACUGCUGCUGCCACCCCUGGGCAUGCAGAUUUUUGACAGUCGGUUAAUUAAGAUCCAGAAGCUGGAAGAGGCAUGCUAAAGACGUCAAGGCAUGGGGCUCACCCCUAAGGAACUUACCCUGAAACGUGUCUUGGAGAAGAGUAUGAAGUGUCAAUGGUUUUUGCCCCUCUUGGGGUUGUGGUAAGUAAAUGCGUUUUGCUUCUUCCUUCACUUUUCUGGUGAUCGCCUCGAUUCUGAGUAUUUCCUGGGUUAGCAGGUCCCUUUGGCUUAAGGUGUGAAUCUAGAUCAGAGCAAAUGAUCUUGAAAACAAACAAACUUGCACUAGGCUGCAAACCAUCAAACAUUAAUAAAGUAAUUGACAGUAUCAUGCUUAUUAGUAUAGGGUGGGCCAAAAAUGCUGGCGAAGAGUAAGAGUUCCGGGGAAGUUCAGGAAAAAGAAGACUAAGUGGCUGGCCACAAUCCCUCAUUUCUUCUUUAUCUCUGCCUGUAGGAAAGAAAGAACUUGGGCCCAGGAGCUCAUGGGGAGGAGAUGCGGGUAGCAGGAAACCAAAUUUCAGAAAUAGUAACCACAUCCCUGAUUUUGAGGGCCAUUUGAUAGGACUAAUGGGAGUUUUGUUUUGCUAAUUGGAUUUUAUAACCUGACCACAGAUGUUUUAUAUCUUCAAAUGAUAAUGGUAUUUGUAGCGGGGUGAUAGAAAAUAUGUCUGUGGUGGAGAAAAGGAUAGUACAUGCUUAGAGGGGAACAUGGGUCUGAGGAAGUCCUGAAAGCCCUUUGCUCCCCCCUUGAAAACAGCUUGCACUGCUCGACCUUGUUCUUGAUUUCCUGAAGCAUUUCCUUGUGGCCUUCAUUUUCUAAAUGGAGCAUCUUCAUUGCCUGAGACAGCUCUCUGAAAGGUAAGAAGGACCGUUCAGAUUGUUUUACCAUAGCCUUUAAAAAGGCAUGAGAUCACCUCGGCCUUUUGGCUAAGAGCGAGUAAAGAGGCAUAAGGAUGGGGAGCACAGGCAAGAACCCUCAGUGUCAGUCCUACCCGGGCAGUUUUACCGAGCUUUUUCUGCAAUAGUAGUAGUGAAGCUUAGCUUAUAAGGAUGUACAAUUUGCAGAUGAUAUAUUGAAAGGUACUAAUUAGGUGCCCAGGUGGUGUAGUGGUUACACAUUAGGCUGCUAACUGCAAAGCCAGUAGUUCGAGACCAUCAGGUGCUCCAAGAUGUGUGGCUUUCUACUCCCUUAAAGAGGCAUAGAGGGACACACAAACCGUGUCCGAUAGGGUCUCUGAGUCAAAUGGCAGUGAGUCAGUUGAUGCUAUUUCUGGAACACGUCAUCUCAGUACAACUCCAUAAGGUAAACGCAGCUGUGCUUGUGCAUAAAGAAACGAACGGACUCAGAGGCUAAGUCACUUGUCCAGGGUCAUAUAGCUAGUGGGUAGCAGAGCUAGGAUUCAAACACUGGGUUUUUUGACAGAAAGGACUUGUCAGAGUAGGCACUUAAUAGAGGAGAGCUGAAUAAAUUAAUAACUUCAAACCACCUGGGCAGAGGAAAAGCAUGGGCACCUCUUCGGCUUGACUUUCUAUCUGUUUAGCCCAAUAUUUCUGUUACCCACUUGGUAAGUACAGGUGAAGAACAUAGGUGAGCCUGAGCUUUUACUGUCAUCGGGCAGUCUGUGAACCAGAGCUCUAGCACUUACUUCAGGACAGCAUCAUGACUCUCUAGGAGCAGCACGUCUAGAAAGGUGUCCCUGACCUGGGGCCCCUGAAGGUUGAGAGCCAGUAUGCUCCGGCAAGCUUCCAGCCGUACGCUGGGUGAUUCUUCAUAGUGGAUAGCCCAGAGCAGGAGAUCUGUCAGCUGGGGAUUCACUUGGCCAAUCUGUCCCAAAGCUACCGAGAUGAAAGGGAAAUAAAGGUCCUCUGUCACUUAAGACUUGGCUGUAUGCAGACACCCAGAAACAAUGGCUGUAAUAGUGCAGAAAUGACACAGGCAGCCACUUGGUAAAUCGAGUCAAGGCAGGGUGGCGGGGAAGGGAGGCACAAUUACUUCCUGGGUUUACUCUGGCCUAUUUUGCUAGGGACUGUAUCUUCCUUCACAGGCAAGGAAGGGAUGGAAGAGAAGCUAAGGUCACCCUCUCCUCUAUACUCCACCCACUCUUUAGAAUCUGGGGAUCAUGGGUAAUGAGGUCUUUGAGGUGAGCUAGAGUCAUUAAUUCUGAAAUACCUCGAAUGGCAAAGGCCUUGAUUUUCCAGGAAGGUUCUCUCUGAAGCAGAUUCAGGAGGCAUUCAAGCACCUGGGGUAGAUAAAAGUUCAUUGUUGAAUGAGGAGGACCAGAACAAGUGGAAAUCAGUGCCAGGGACGCCACCCGUCUCUAAAAUGUGUUCUAACUAAAAAAUGGCCUUCUGUCCAUUUUAGUAAGAGAUGAGCUGGAGCUCAAAGUAACCCACCUGAGUACAUAGUACAGUCAUUGCUGGCUUAUCGGGUUUCUAGAUGGAAGCCACUCAGUGGUAGCAGGUUUGGGGAGAUUAGCCCACAUCUCCAGCUAUCCAUAUUUCCUUUGGGUAAUGUGAUCUGUUAGUCCCAGGAACUACUAGGGGUUUAGAACCCUGGCAUCUCUGGUUGGCACAAUUGGCUAAGUGUGCUCAACUAGUAAGGUUGCUGGUUAAGAGGUACCUCAGAAGAAAGGCCUGCCUAUCUGUUUUCAAAAGGAAACCUCUUGGAACUGCAGUUCUACUCUGUAGCAUUUGCCAUCGUCUGGAUUUGGCAGCAGGUAGUUUGGAUUUUUGGUUUGUUGCUUAUGGAAGCCCACCAGCAACCAGGUAAUGAGAAACUAGUUAACUGAGGUGAGAACAGAAAGAUCAGGAAAACAUGGCCAUGCCUUAGAACCAAUUCUGGGCUGGUUGUUAAUGAAAUAUGGUCCUCAGGGAUUGAUGUGACUUAGCUAUACCUCGUCACCUUCCUGGGCUGAUGUCACUCAUUCUGUGCCCCCAGUGACUGCUAACUGGAUUGUGCAUAACAGAGAAGAUGCAGGGGAAUGCCCCUUAAGUACACUGGGAACACGCUUUCCGGCUUUACCAUCUUGUCACGGAUCUGCAGGGCUCCGGCUGCCAAACAGGCUUCCUGGCGAACUGCCACACAUUCGUCAGAGAAGCAGCUGAGAAAGUUUGGGAGAAGCUUGGCAGUCAUGAGCUUGAGACCACGAAUCAGAGAGAGAGCUUCUACACGCUCCCGGGAGUUUCCUUGACCCAGCUUGACUCUAUAAGGCACAAGGUGAUUUUUUAUUUCCUCUAUUUAGGGCUCCAGUUGCCCUUCCUCUGUUAUAACAUCCACAGGGGCGGGGGAUCCAAGCUCUCCAUUAUCCAACCCAUCCCUCCCUUCCUAUCCAACCUUAUGCCUAUUUAGGUAAACUUCACCAGGUCUCACUCUCACUCCCAGCCACCUUGCAGGACAGGGCAGAACUGCCUGUUGGCUUUCCAAGAUGUUCCUAUUACCUAGCAUCUACUAUGGUGACUGAAUAAAGGCAUUUUCACACAUACCUUUGCCACAGUCAGGUUGUCCUCUCCACUGCCCUCACCUUUGUCCUGCUCAAUUCUGCAUCUGGCUCCCUGGAAUGACUCUUCUCUCUGACCUUCCACCUCUGGCCCACCUGGAGCAUUCCAUUGUUCUACUCCCACAAUUAUGGUAUAGUAGUUAUGUUAUAAUUCUAAUUUUUACUAUAAUUUGUUAUUGAUAUUUUAAUUAGGUAUUUGUUUCUCGUGUGUGUAAUCAGAAUCCUGUCAAAUUUUUGAACUCCCUAAACAAGGCCGAACACCUAGUGGAUACUCUUCUCCAUAGCCAUGCAGGGACCGUUACCUUUUUUUAUUUUUAAAAAGAGCCCUGUAAACAGGACAUAGUACAAUGCUUUAACAUACCAGAAGAACCCAGUAAAGGUCAACUGGCUUGACCCAAAGCUCUCUGAAUAGUUCUAAGACUAGAAAAGUUUCCUCAUGUUGACAUCAACUUACCUGAUCUUGUCAUGUACCUCUUUUCCAAGGUUCAUGUGCCCCAAAGCUUGAGCUGCCUCCUGCCUCACUGUCUUAUUCCAGUCGCUCCACAUCAGUUCGAUCAGCUUAUUUUUCAUAUCCUACAAGUCGUUGGGAUAAUCGGCUACCAUUUAUUGAACAUUAGUUUUGUGACUCUGCUAAGUAUUUUUUACCUGUGAUAACUCACUUCAACCUCCCAAACAAUAUAAUGAGGUAGGUGUUAGGAUGUACAGAUACCAUAGAGGUUUGGAUGAACUUGCCCAGGGUUAACCUGGUCAUUGCUAGAGCCAAACUCAAACCCUGGCCUGUUUCCAAAGCACAUGCAUUAAACAACUCUUGUGCUGGGACCCAUUUAAUUUGUACCUGAGAUACUUAAAAAUGUUGCUCAGUGCCCUACUUCUGUACUGAAAGUCCUGUGUCCCGGGAAAGCCCUCAAGCCCAGGCAAACCAAGACAGUUGGUCACCCUAUGCUUGAAAAUCUAUUGCUCCUAGAAGAGAAGGGACAAGAUUACUACAGUUGUCCUCAAUGAUUUGUGUAAGCUUUUCUCUCUUCCUGAAAUGUUUCUCUUCUCUACCUGGUACCUGUUGUUUCCAACGUAGUCUUUUAGGAUUUUGCUGCAAUAACAUCUGCUCACUGAAGUCACUUAACAACUACUACUUCCGUGCUCUGUAGCAUGUUGACCAUGAGACCCUUGAGGACAGAGACGUCAUUCAUCUUUGUGAGUAGCCUGGCAUCUAAACUGCUUGCUCACUGAAUGAGUAAAGGAACCGAUGGAUCAACUGCCUUUCUCAGUUCCAGCAGUCUGACCGACCCGGAGUCCUCGCAUCCUUACCUUGUUCCCUGUGAGUUCUGCUAGUCUUUGUACUCUCAGAUGCCAACCCUUAAUGGCACAUGCUGAGGAGGUGAAAUGACUGGGCUACUGUUAAAAUUCUAAUGUUAGAAUGCAGAUUCUGACUGCUGCCCUCAGAUGAGUCCCUAUUUCUAACUAUCUCCCGGGUGAGACCUUUCCUGUUGGCCCUUGAAGGUAGUAAAUAGCAGGGUGCUGUAGCACUUGAGGCAGGAUUCUCCCACUUUGAAUAGCUUGUUAAAGGAGCCCUGGUGGUGCUGUUGGCUAGAUUUUGUAGUGCCCACACCAAGAGGGGAGGACUACAACGAGGAUGAAUGCUAACAAGCUAGAGAGGGUUCCCUUCUCAUGGGAGUGGCAGAGUUCUGAGCCAUUUAGAAGUACCCAGAGAGAUGAGGGAAAGAGCUAGUAGAAAAUGAGACAAAUCCACCCCACCCAACCCCGGACAGUUGGAGAUGGUUUUGAAAGAAUGGCAAAACUGAGGCCAAAGUGAGUCAUGAUGGCUUCCUGGCUUCCCUGCCCUGGAAACGCCUCUAUAGCCACCAAUACAACAAAAAUAUUGGAGAGUGUGUUACAAUUAUUGCUUGUUCUUUAGGUGUGUGUGUGUGUGUGUGUGUGUUGCUGCUAAAACUGUACUAUCAGGAUUUUAGGAAGGAUUGUUUCAUACCUUUUUCUUGUGUGUACUAAACAUUCAGGGAAAGUCAGCACUAAUAGAAUUGGAUUGUAAUGAAUGAAUGAACUGGGUUGUUAAGCAGUUUAAGUUAGUUAAUGCUUCUCAAACUAUCAGAUGAAUGACCAGCUCUUAAAAAAAUUUUUUUGGGGGUGGGGCAGGAGUGUAGAGAAGGGGUUAUAAUGGUGGAAUCUUAUACAAUUCACUGGUGUUGAGACCAUUUUCACAUUACUAUAAAAAUUUCAACAGUGUUAAUCUCUGUGCUUGUCCUUAUUUCAUUGUGAGUCAGUCAGUUGUGAAUUCCCACCGCACCGAGCACACGCGCCUAAGUCACAAGAAGACGUGUGAGCAUAUGAAGACCAUUUGGGAUUCGGAGUGUGAAGCAGCCAUGUGGAGACAGAUCUCUUUGAUAACAAUGGGAUACUAAGUAGCACAAAAAGUAGAAGAGCUCCUAGCCCAGUCUUGCUUCAGCUGUCUGUUCUAGAAGCACAGAAUGAUGCAAACUUACCAAACUGACACUGCCACUGAUGUGGGAGAGAGCCCGGCAGGCCACGACCCGGUCCUCCCACUGCGGGCUGCUCAGCUCCAUGGCCAGCAUGGUGUGGAUCAAAGCCUGGGGAGGCAGAAGGGCGGGGAGGGGAGUGAAGGUCACCAUCACUUUCAGAGACAGUGGGACCAUGGUGAGACUGCAUCACAACACGGGACGGGCAUCAAUAAAAUCACAAGUACAUAUGCUGUCCGUUCUAGCAAAGGAAAGAGUGAGCUUACAAGACGUGGGGUACUAUUCCCUCUGAGCCAGCUGAUUCUGGGAUCUUACCAGGAACAAAAGAUGGUGUCAAUAAGCAGCACAGAAAGUUCCUGGGGCUUUCUCUCCUUGACUUUAAUUGUCUUUAAAGUGAUUUGUGUAUAUGCCUCAGUUUGAGGGUUUCACAAGUAACUAAACACAGUUGUGUUUGGUGUGAAGUUUUCUUUGGCAGACUUCUAGCAGAAGCACAUUCUGUACAGUUAGAAACCCUCCACUCUUUUUUCCCUCAGCAGACUCCUGUCGUGUGGCUACAUCUCUGAGUCCACGUUCACGCCCACACAGUCCACUUUUCUGUCUAGGCUUGAGAUCACCCGACCAGACUACAAGCAUUUUCGACUCCUUAUGAACACUGGCGCCAGAGGCCCAAUUGUUUCCCAGACUUUGGUUCCUUUCUCUGACCCUCCAGUGGAUACGUACUGUCUUCCUGCUGAGAUGGCUCAGGAGGGCACACGAUUGAUCCUCAGUGUCCUUGUCCUUCUGGUUAAAGAGCUGGUUGAGAAUCCUCUUAAUCACGGGGUAAGUAGCGUCCCCUUCCAGAGCCAAGCACUGAGCUGCAGCCCAGCUGUCCGCCACAUCACCUGCCGCGGGGGUGGAACAGAGGAGUGCACGAUGGUGACCUGCCUAACCUGCCUGAGAGCUCUCUUCCCUGUGUUCCACCCAGUCUCGAAAUCUAAUCCCAUAUUUCAGCCAUUCUGAAAUGGAGCCUAAAAAGUUGUAAAUACACGUCAAAAACUCAA